CAAGUGUCAAACCAAAAAUGUCAUGUUAGAAAAUUAUGAAAAAUAAAGUUCUAACCUUUAACUAUGAAGUUUCAACAUAUUAUAUUAAAAUAACAUUGAUUUAAUUUAUAAAAUAUUAUGUAAUAGAUAAGUUUACACUGCAACUAAUAAAUACUAUUGCCACCUAAGAUGGGUGCUUUAGUUUCAAGAGCGUUACGGCCUAUAAAGUCAUUCAAUAUAGAAAAUAGGGCUCACCGGGUGAUAUCAAAAGAAAAACCUCAAGUUGCACCAAGCUAUCCUUCUACAGUCGAAGAUUUACAAAGAGUACAAGAAGCUGUUCCAGAUAUUGAUAAAAAAUUAGAGUCAAAAGACUCGCAUCUCGACGAAAGACUAAAAAAUGUUUAUGUAACUUCUAUGGGUACACCCGAAGAUGACAUUACACGGAAGAAGCAAGAUGAAAACCCUAAUCGACCUCUACCUCAAGAUAGAAAUGCUUUACAAGAUUUCGAUUUUGGUUUUAAAGAACCAGAGAGAGUACCCUAUGGACGUACUACGUUACGUCAAGCAAUAGAAUAUAUUACUUCACAUCAAAUGAAUCCUGAAGAGGCCACAGCAGCCAAAAUAGCAUAUGAAUAUAAACUUAAAGAAUCUGAUGUUGAAAACAUUCUUAAACAUUUUAAAACAUAUGAAGUAUAUGUUCCUGAAACUAAAGAUAGUAAAGCAGUGAUUGCUGGGCCAACAACUAAUAGACGGAAAUUAAUGGAACAGUCAGUUGGAAAAAUUGAAGCAAAGAAAGAUUUAAAUCUAGAUAAGCAAAACGUGAAAACUGCUUCAUAAGACUCUGGCUUAACUGCAUCAUAAUUUUAUGUAAAGAGCAAUUUAGUUUGGUAUUAUCCGAAUUUUCUUAAAAUAAAAAGGAAAAGUUUUUGCUACAUCUCACACUUUUAGCCAGUUCUAUAUAUUCUGAAAUUUGAUAUCAGGUGGGUUUAGAAUAUUCAUUGUCUAUUUUCUAGUACAAAACUAAUAUUUAAUUUGCCUUAGAAUUCUGGCACAAAGUCGUUAUAUUAGAACAAGUUUGAAUUUUUAGUUGUUAAUAUGUUAGGUUAUUGAUAUGUGAUGUAGAAUGGUUAGAUGAAUUAAUAAAGCAUAUUUUAUUGUUAA